CGCCGCUCUGUUGGCAGCAGGGGGGGGGGGGGGGGGGCGCGCAGGGCUGUUUGAGCAGUCUGGUCUCUCCUGCAGAAAGAGAAACUGAGUCGUGGACCGAGCAGGAGCAGAGAGGAUGAAGCGAGCAACCUUCCUUCUGGUGUGUGGAGUCGCACUGAGCUUCUGUCGAGCUCAGUCGGACUCUGGAGGCGAGGAGGCUGGAGCGGAGGAGGAACAUGUGGAGCUCUUCACCACGCCGGCCACCAAGAUGGGCGCCGCCACCUCGGACUUCGGCUACAACCUGUUCCGCGCUCUGGCUGGCCGUGAACCCUCCACCAACAUCUUCCUGUCUCCCAUCAGCGUGUCGGUGGCGCUGACUCAGCUCUCCAUGGGAGGGUCUGAGCGGGCUGAGCGGCAGCUGUUCCGGGCCCUCAGGUACCACACCCUGCAGGACCCCCAGCUCCACAGCACCCUGAAGGACCUGUUAGCCUCGGUCCGGACGCCUGGGAAAGGCCUGAGUACAGCGGUUCGGAUCUACCUGUCUCGCCGCAUUCGUCCGAAGCAGGAGUUCCUCGCCCUGGUGGAGCAGCAGUAUGGAGUUCUUCCCAAGUCUCUGUUGGGAGGACCCAAAGACGUGUCCGAGAUCAACACCUGGGUGUCUCAGGAGACCGGUGGGAAGGUGCAGCGCCUCCUGACAAAGCCCCUCCUCCGAAACGCUGGAGUCCACACCGUGAGCGCCGCCUACUUCAAAGGGAAGUGGGCGACCCGCUUCGGUCAGAGCGGAGUGAUGGAGAACUUCCAGGUGGACGGUGCGGCACCUGUCCGCGUUCCCAUGAUGCAACAGGAUAACUACCCCGUGAAGAUGGGCGCCGACUCGGACCUGAGCUGCACGAUCGCUCAGAUCCAGAUGCAGGAUGAUGUCAGCAUGUUCGUCUUCCUGCCGGACGCCGUGACGUCCAACACCUCGCUGCUGGAGGAGAGUCUGACAGCGGAGUUCGUGCAGGACCUGUCCAUGACGCUACUUCCCGCCCAGGUGUCGCUCUCGCUGCCCGCCCUGAGGCUCAGCUACUCCACCGACCUGCUGCCACUGCUCGGCGACCUGGGACUCUCUGAUUGGCUCGCGGACACGGACCUGGAAAAGAUCUCCACCCUGGCCGCCAAGCUCGGCAGUGUCAAUCACAAGGUCGCCAUGGAGACGGCACCCGAGGGGAACCAGUACCCGAGCGGCGGCGCCCCGGCCUACCUGGCCUACCGCGUAGACCGGCCCUUCCUGUUCCUGAUCCGGGACGAGACGUCGGGGGCGCUGCUGUUCAUCGGCAGGGUGGUCAACCCCAAAGCCCUGACAAUAUAACACACACACACACACACACACACACACACACACACACACACACACACACACACACACACACACACACACACACACACACACACACACACACACACACACACACACACACACACACACACACUCUUAGCUGGUCCUAGGGGUUCAGCUGUUUGCUUCGUGUUUCCGGUGGCAGAUGUUUUGAGGAUAUUUGAUUUACGUUCUUUUCUUCUUUUUGUAUUCACGAUGAAACAUGUCAGCGUGCUCGUGUUAGCCCGACACACUCUGACAAUAUUCUGAGCUCAAAGUUUAGUUUUAGAGAAACGAAAUCAAAUGUUGUCCUUUGUGUUCAAAGAAAUAAACAACAAUGAAAGGAAA